UCGGGCGGACGUGCAUGCUCGCGAGCAAAAGAUCCGAGCGCAUGCGCAAUUCAUUGUUUUGACUGAAAAUGCCGUCGGUUUCGAAAACGGCGGCCAAUGCGUCUCCUCAAACGGAGAAACCUACCCACUAUACAUACUUGAAGGAGUUCAGGACAGAGCAGUGCCCGUUGUUCCUCCAGCACAAGUGUACGCAGCACAGACCCUUUACGUGCUUUCAUUGGCAUUUUCUCAACCAGCGGCGAAGAAGACCCAUUAGAAGAAGAGACGGAACUUUUAACUACAGCCCCGACGUGUACUGCACGAAAUACGACGAGACCACAGGCAUUUGCCCAGAUGGGGAUGACUGUCCUUAUUUACACCGGACCACUGGUGACACAGAACGCAAGUACCAUCUACGCUAUUACAAAACUGGCACCUGUAUCCAUGAGACAGAUGCUCGAGGGCAUUGUGUGAAGAAUGGCCUCCACUGUGCUUUUGCUCAUGGGCCACAUGACCUCCGACCUCCAGUCUAUGAUAUCAGAGAGAUCCAAGCACAAGAGGCCCUGCAGAAUGGACAGUUGGGAUCUGGGGAAGGUAUUCCUGAUUUGCAGCCUGGUGUAUUAGCCAGCCAAGCUAUGAUUGAGAAAACACUGACAGAGGAUCCCUGGUGGCAAGAUACCAAUUUUGUCUUAGCUAAUUAUAAAACAGAUCAGUGUACUAAGCCCCCAAGACUAUGCAGACAAGGCUAUGCUUGCCCCCACUACCACAACAGUAGAGAUCGAAGGCGAAAUCCUCGAAAGUUCAAAUAUAGGUCAACUCCCUGCCCAAAUGUGAAACAUGGGGAUGAAUGGGGUGAGCCCUCCAAGUGUGACAGUGGAGACGGUUGCCAAUAUUGUCACUCUCGUACUGAACAGCAGUUUCACCCAGAGAUCUACAAAUCUACCAAAUGCAAUGACAUGCGACAAACUGGAUACUGUCCCAGAGGCCCGUUUUGUGCAUUUGCACAUGUAGAACGAAUUCCCUCUACAGAAGAGACCAUGAGCUCUUUGCUAACAGCAAUACAGUCAAGUUCGCAGUCUCAACUGGACUCUCAGCAGUAUUCAGAGUGUCCGGUCAGUGAGUGGAACAGUGGAGGAAACUCCACCACCAGUGCAACCAGUAGCAACGGACAAGUAGGAAGUGUUUCAUGUUCUAAUAGCUCAACUGUAACGCCAAGCUCAGGAAGCGACAGUUUGUUAUCCCCAGUGGGAUCGAUCAGCAGGCCCAAAUCCUUAACUAAUAGUAGUUUAUGUUCAGAGUCCACAUCCAGUGUCUCAUCUCUGACGUCUAACUAUCCCAAAGCUCCGGGCUUUGAACGUGAGGACCAGAUUAAGAACAAGGGGCCGGUGGAUCAAAAAUUGAUGGACCAAGAAAAACAGACACAAAAUACUGUAUUCUCAGCAGUGAACCCUUUGGCCUCAAGCUUUACCUCCAGUAUAACAUCCAGCUUGGCCUCCAGUAUUGGCUCAGAUAGUUCUUCACCCACCACCUUAUCAACAAUGAAUGCAAAAGCCACUCCUUUCUAUCCAGGGAGCAACACAGUGGAGUCUGUCAUAGGAUCUGCUCUAGACCUCAACUUUAGUGACAUUAAUGUUGCAUCCCUUGAUAAGGAGUUAGAGGAGCAAGACAACAGUGUAGGACUGGCAAGUCAAAGGGUGCUAGGUGGAUCUGCUCCUGUUAACAUUCCUGGCUCCCUAGCACGGUCAUCCUCUUUUAAUUCCUCGUCAUCACUCUCCACCUCCCCGCUCAGCUCCCUCUCCCAGUCCCUGUCGCAGUCCCUGUUGUCUGGGGCCGUAUCGCAGCAAAAUCAACCUUCAAACAUGUUAGCCAAGCAAGAGCAUGGCCUCCUAGGAACACCUACAUCCUCUUCCCAGAACUCUUUGGGUUUGAAUGGAGGCGCUAGUAACAUUUGGGACUUUGUAAGUGGCAGCUUUUCACCAAGUCCGUCUCCAGUUUUCAGCAGCCUAACAUCUACAGCCAGCAGCGCUGAUCUGGCCCGCCUUUUUAGAGAGCUGGAUGAGGCCAAGAGGAAGCUCAAGCAAUGGGAAGAGGCCUGGCAUCAGGUCAAACAAGCCUGUGAGGCUUGCCAGAAAGACGCUCACGAAGCAAAGGAACAAGCAAAAACAGCCGAGGCAGAGCGGCAGCUGGCAGAACAGAAAUGGGAAGAAACGGAGCGCAAGCUGAAAGAGCUACAAGGGGACUUUGACGUGCUUUGUCGCACCCCUGGAACACCUCUUCUACGUAGCUACGGAGAGCUGGACCAGCUCCCUUUGUCAAAGCUUCAUUCCAUCCAGAGUCAGCUGCGUAAUGACCUAGACCUUAUAGAUGGGGUAAUAUAUCAGCUUCAGUCAAAGAAAUGUAUAGUUUGCCAAAAGAAUGAUCGGUGCAUUGUUCUGCAGCCUUGCCAACAUUACGUACUAUGUGAGAACUGUGCGCCUAGUAAAUCAGAAUGUCCUUACUGUAGAACAAAAAUACUGAAGUGGUGAUGUACAGUUAAUUACUCAAGGUACUAUUUACAGGAUUUGCCCUUUGAAAAACUACUAACAGAUAUUACAUUUUCUAAAAAGUGAUGUCUGUUUCAUAGAGUGAUUGAAAUAACUUAGAAUAAAAUGAUGUUUGACUGACAAAACAAAUAGUAUUAUAAAUCAGAUUAUGUACAGGAGAUUCAAUCAUUAUAGCUUUUGCUCAUUUUAUAUGAACAUUACCUCGAUGAACCAGGUAGCUUUUUGUGUGAAAAGCAUGCAUUCAGAUUUGAAUAUUAAAUUACCUUGUGAUAACCUUUCUCAAAGAUUCAGUCAAGCUUCUAAUGGACAUAACAUAUGUGCCCAUAUACCCACAUUUGAUUUACACUUUGUUAUGAAUACUUUUUGGUUAUACAGAUAAUAUAGUUGCACUUUCCCAAACCAAAUGCAAUGUCAACCUGAGCUUUUUCUCUUACGGUAAAUGCAAAACUACCAGUUUAAAAAUAUUGCAAACAGGAUCAGUACACUUGGUUAAAAGCUUAAUACACAGUGAAUGGGUAAUGCACACUGCACCUGGGAAAAAUCUGUAUUCUUCUGAGGUCGCAUGUUAACUUACUGCAGUUAUACGCGUCUUACUCGGGCAAAUUUAAAGGCAUUUCGACCCCAGCUUUUCAGAACAUACUGUGCAAAUGUGCAUAAAACUAGUAAAACCUUUUAGUAUAUCUGUUACAUCACAGAUUCUUGUAUGAAAAGAAAGAAAAUGUAUCUCGCUGUAACUUUAAUAAACUAUCUUAACCACAAAUGGAUAUAUCAGAAUUUUAAAAAAGAAACCUUCUAUAAGACUUUUGUAGUAUUAUUUUUUCCAGUCAUUCUGAGAGAGAUUAGCUUUCAGUGUGAUGUCAGUGGGAGCUGCCGUGUAGCUGAAGAAUCUUUUACUGGGGACUAUAAAAAGUCAAUUGAAUUACAAAGCAAUUGCUGUAAUUUACCACAGUAACCAGUGCCAUAUCCUCAAAUGCAUGAAAAAGAAAUCACUGUGUAAUUGAACUGUUGAGCUCUCACAAGCUAGUUUGGUGAUGUUAAACAUAAAAUGGGCAAAACUCAAAAGUAGUUUCUUCUUUAAUUAAAGAGGAAUACAUCUAAAUCUAAAUCAAGAAGCUAGUUAUCGAAGUACCUGAGUUUGACUGAUAGUAGAAAUAUAUUUUUGUGUUUCCAUAAUUAGUCUGGAAGCCCAGAUUUUUUUUUUUCAAUUUUUAUUUCACACAUCAUUUCACAGAGCAUAGAGCUUUCACAACUGACGUGUAUGAAAUGGGUUCCCGAUUUAUGUCUUGGUACCAGAAAGUGCUACAGUGUUAAGAAGCUCCCUGCGCUGAGGAAUAAAUAGUGUUCAGUGUUCCUCUUUAAGUAAAGCCAGAUUUGGUUAAACUCCAAAUUUUCAUUCAUGGUUUCU